CUUUAAAGGAAUGUGCGUCCAAGUUCCUAUACGUCCGUUUAUACAAGAUACAACACAAUCCAUAACGUACAACAACUUCCAAAAUCUUGCUGUCAUUAACAAAUACCAACAUCUUAACAUACAUUGGCUGGCCACCGCCUUUUACUUAAAUGACAAUAUUGCCACCGCCCGUACUUCGUAUGAAGCUUCGGCC